AUGCACGGGCCGAGUCCUUCCUUUGGAGAGGUCUCCCACAAUGAGCAUCAUGUGGAUGAGACUACAAGCCUCUUGCACCAAGUUGAGGAUUCCCGAUCGGGCAAAUUAGACACCCUUUCUACCACACUUGGCCUGAGAUUAAAGUUGUUCGCUCGCGAAUGCUUGAUACUCGCCCAAACGUCAUUGCCCAUCAUCACAUCCUAUAUUCUCCAGAACUCUCUGCAGACUAUAUCCAUCAUCGUCGUGGGCAGAUUGAGACCUGAUGAUCUAUCAGUCGCCGCUUUCGCCUACAUGUUUGGUACCUGCUCCGGCUGGUUGAUCGGUAUGGGUGGCUCCACGGCCUUGGACACGCUCGCUUCAACAGCCUUCGCCGGAAGCGACAACAAACAUCAGACUGGUAUCCUCUUACAGAGGGCAUUCAUCGUCCUGACGAUGCUCUACCUUCCGGUGUGUGUGCUAUGGGUCUUUUCGGAGCCCGUCUUCGUACUGCUGGGCUUCCUGGUCUGUCUCAUUCCAGGCGGCCUGGGCUAUAUAUAUUUCGAAGUCAUGAAGAAGUACCUUCAGGCCCAAGGCAUUGUGCGGCCCGCAACCUAUGUGAUGCUGGUUGUGUCCCCUCUCAGCGCCUUUCUAAAUUACCUCUUGGUCAACACAUCUCAGUUUGGGCUACUCGGGGCGCCACUCGCUACAGGCAUCUGUUACUGGCUAUCAUUCUCUGGCCUAAUCCUCUACGUGAAAUUUGUUGCCGGUAGCCAAUGCUGGGGCGGCUGGAACAAGUCAUGUCUGAAGCACUUGGGUGUCUUUACCCGAAUCGCUAUCCUCGGCAUCAUCCAGCUUGGCACCGAGUUCUGGGCUUUCGAGAUUGUGGCUUUGAUUGCUGGACGCCUGGGAAAGUUGCCGUUGUCUGGACAGAGCGUGCUCAUGACAGCUGAUCAAGUCCUCGUCACGAUCCCCUUCGGUAUUGGAGUGGCCAGUAGUGUCAGGGUGGGUGGCGCGCUCGGCUCGAGGGACAUCAAGGGGGCCAAGAGAACAGCACAUACAGCUGCCAUCCUGAGCGUCUUGGUCGCAAGUAUUGUCUCCCUGGUCUUGAUUCUGACAAGAGAUCAUUUUGCCAAACUGUUUACGAGGGACCUCGAGGUGGUGCGCUAUGUGGCUGAAGUGAUGCCAUGGAUUGCGCUGUUCCAAAUUGCGGAUGCAGUGAACGGAAGCUGCGGUGGCGCCCUUCGAGGAGUGGGCAAGCAGCACAUUGGAGCCGUCGCAAACAUCACAAGUUACUACGUAAUCGCGCUUCCUUUGGGCUCUUGGCUGGCUUUCCGGGGCUGGGAACUCUCGGGCCUUUGGAUUGGACAAUGCAUCGGGAUGGUAUUAGUAGGAUCUAUGGAGCUGUGUUUUGUUCUAUGCAUCAACUGGGAGAAGGAAAUCGGUCAUGCCUUGAAGAGAAUCCAGGAGGAUGAGGUUGCACAGGUGGCUUGA